AUGCGUCGCGUACAGUGGCUAAAGUUCAACCAGGAAGUCGAUAAUACGUAUCCCGAGGGGCUGGGAGAGCCCUUGAACAUGAUAUUCUCGGGGAGCUCGGAUGCGGACGUUCUAGUGGACCAGGAGACAGAUGGCGGCUUCCGCAACUACUGGCUAUCGGUGGGCUUUGGCGCCGAGUGUCUGGGCCAGCGCGACGCGUCGCAGCAACGAGCGAACUUGGGAGAUGGGAAAGGAAGUGUAAACCAAACAUCCCUGCUACGCUGGAAUUACGGCGACCCGCAGUUGGGGACGUGUACAGAAACCAUUCAGGGAGGUAAUCACUUCCGAUACUGGGUUCAGAAUGGAGACAGCAAGAACAGUGGUGCCUACUUCUUCGCCGCCUCGUAUGAGAUGCCCCUUGAGAAGCACCAUGACAUCGUGCCCAACGGAUACAAUAUCGGACGAGACGAGAUCGUGGGCAAUAUCACAGGUUCCGCGAUACCCACCUUGAAUCUCACGGACUCGAGCACGUACUCGGGUAACACGUCGUACGGCGGCUACACCUACUCGACGGACAUCCGAUACGUGUCCGGCCUGCUCUCGAAUACGAGUGACGGCAUCAACCACUAUGCGACCGUCGAGGAGAAUGGCCGGCCAGCUAUCGACGGUUUGGUGGCGGUUUUGACCGUGCAUAUACUGGAGCGGCCAGCGAAUGAUGCUGCCUUCAACAACAUCCCAUUGACGCUGUCUGCUAUAUCGGUCUUUGCCGUCUCCUCCUUCCUGGCGACGCUCUUAUAG